AUGGGUGGUGAAGAACCCGAACAAAAAGAGGGGAGGGACAAUGACGAGGGCCAGGAUUCAAAUUCUAAGUAGCAAGUGUCCCCCAUUGUGGUUGGAGAUAUAUAGGGUAGCCACAGGGGCAACCCCCAAGUCAUCGCACAACCCCAACAAGUUUCCCCCUAGGAAGAGGCCCCUGAGAAGUCGCCAUGGCGUGCCCCCGGACCCUACUGUGUUUCUUCACGGUGGUGACAAGCGCCAGUGGACUUAUGGAUCGGUUAGGUGAAACGAGGGAAUAUAUGUCACCGUUACCACAAACCGGAGAGGAAUCCUACAGGUCGAACCCGCGUUUACACAUGGUGAAGAGAUUGAAGAGGGAGGUGAUGGAUGCGCACCGGCAACCCUGCGCUGAGCUGAACGCUCCCUGGAGGGAGAGCACCGCGCAGCCCGCGGAAGGGGCCACGUUACUACGCCUCCGCGUUAGGUCGUUCGCUCAGGGAGGACCUCGGAGCGCUGUUUUCCCAGGGAAGUCGCUUUUUAAUUUCGUCCGACGGGCGUAUCGCUGCUGUCAGGAAGGGUUCCUGUGCAGAAACGUAAAAGGCAUCCAAGGACACUUGCGCGAAGGUGCACACGCAGAGUUCCUCCUAAGCCCAGAUGUGCUAUCAAUGCCCAUAGUGAGAGCUGAACUUCAUCUGCAGAUUUUCCACCAACAACACCUUUCCAUUCACCCUGCGCUGCUGUUCCUGGCGAAGCGCAAUCUCCCCACAAGAUACGAGGUGUGGCCACGGGGGGACAUGGUGGAGCUCAAGGUGGACCUACUGCCUCUCUUCCAGGGGCUGGCGGACACCGCAGCAGCUGGUGGAGGAAGGGGGGGGGCCUCCAGCCUGAUGAACAUGCUGCGGUGGGGGGUGCGAUCCAGGGGGGGUCCCCCACAAGCACCAGGCCAGCAGUCACUGCAGGACACUGACGAGGAUGAUGUGUGGGGGGAAGGCUUGAGCCGCAGGCCGCCACCCCCUCCUCUAGAGCUGGGCCUGGCCCUCAGCUGCAGCCAUGAGGGACAGGCCGUCCCCUGUGAGCAUGCAGGCCUGCGUCUCUCGCACAUGCCUUUCAUCGCUCUAUCGUACUGAAAAGGAGCGUAUGGAACACGUAUAGAGCAUGUGUUAAAGACUCUAGUUGGGUUUCAUGGAGUGAAGUCACAGUCGAACUCUCUCUCUCACUGGGGCUACAAGUCACCGACAUCCAUACAAUGUCGGGCAAAGUAAUGCACUUCACCGAUGGCAGAUAUAUUAUUUAUGAAUGUGUUUAUGGUACUUUUAUUCAUGUGUAAUUGGUAUGUAAAUAGUGUAUAUUUCAUAUAGACUAACUUUUUGAUGGUCAUACAUAAAUUUCUUGGAUUUAUUAUGCCAUUAUAAAACCAGAUGUCCCAGAUUUAAAUGUAUAUUUUCGUCAAUUUUAUGAAAGGAUCAGAUUGUAUUA